AUGCUUGCCGAGGAAGUCGAUGCCGUUGAGGAUGCCGAUGCAGCUGGCAUUGAUGACUACGAUGCAGCAGCAAUCCCAAACUUCAUUGCAGCGCAGGCUGACCUUGAGCGUCUCCGGGCUCAGCUUGAGGAUCACGAACCCGUACCGCCCGAGCAGAUCCCUCUGCGCCAGGCCCACAUCGAGAUGCCUAAUAUCCGGUCUACACCUCUCAAUGAGUUCAAUCGUUCCCAGCCUCUGCUGUCUCUCGCCUUUCCUACCCUCUACCCUACUGGGCAGGCAGACUUCGUGGCGCCUCGUCAGAGGACAAUUCGUUCCUUCUUUCUGAAGAGGCCUGGCCUGCAGCAGCAAGUUGACAUGGAUGAACUACGCAAUGCCUUUGAGGAAGAUACCCCAGAAUCUCGCGCACUGUUGAGCUCUAUUGUGCGCUUCUCAAGCAGCUUGAAAGGCACACGAGCUUACUGGGGCGGCCAGAGACAUCAGCUUGAGGCCAUCGUCCACGGCCUUACCUGUCCUGGUGUCUUCCUCACCUUCUCAGCUGCUGACCUUCACUGGGAUAGCCUCCAGAGACACAUGCCGUCAUAUGUUGAAUGGCGUGAGGCUGAUGGCCGUGGUAAGGGUGCUAUUGCGUUCCGGAAUCUCCUUGAAAACCCUCAUAUCGCAGCAUAUCACUUUCACAGCCGUUUUACUAGCUUCCUUAAGAUAUACUGCUCUAAAGCUGAGAAGCAGACGGAGAGCUACCGCGACGUCGCCAGGGCCAUCUUGCCUAGAGUCAAUGCACGACAGGGUCUCGUCAGCUUCGUCGCCAAGUUCAUGAACAAGCUUACGGCUGAGCGUGACUGGUCUGCUAUGGAGAUUAACCACCUGCUGCUCAGCCUACCACUCCAGCAAAGCACGAGGACUAAAUACCUCGCUCGCAACGAUCAAUGGGCGCAGUUGACCUACUUUGAGCUUCUCACCAAAGCCCUCCGCGGUAACGAGCAGUACGAGGACUUUUGUCGUGUCAAGUUAACCCUCCACCAUCCUCAUCGCGACCCUCAGGAACUCAAAGAGGUAGAUGGCGCCCUUUUCGACACCUUCUCUGGGGCAUACGACCAUUGCUCUGCUGUCCACGACGUUCAUCCAGAUGACUACUACGGGGACCUCCCUCCUCCAGUCGAAGAGGAAUUCCAGGAAGAACCGCGUAACGAGGAAGAUGUUGCGGCUGAGGGUUGGGAAGAGCUUGCUGCACCCUACAUUGGCAAGUAUCCGGAUUUAGCCAUUCUGGGGCAUGACUAUUGGAAGGAGCUUAAAGCUUCACACCCCCUAGGCAACAACCAAGAUGAUGUCCCUGAUGGCCUCUUUGAUCAGCUUAACGUCGAGCAGCGCACUGUGUUUGACCUAUUUACUCGACAUCUUGAGAAGGCCCUCGACCCUCAACAGCCAAACCCGGCACCGCUCCUUGUGCAGGUAGACGGAGAAGGCGGCACAGGCCCUACAGACAUUGCCAACCUACAGUCAAAGCUACGCAACCUCCGCUACCUCAUUAUCGACGAGAAGUCAAUGAUUGGCUUGCACACCUUUUUCGGCGGCCACUGGGAGCUGCUCUGCACCCGCGUCCAGGCCAAUCUGACCUUAGCCGAGGUUACGUGCUUUGACGGGGCAGUACGCAUCUACACAACGAAUGCCCAGGUCCUUCGGGCAACAAAUGUCGGCCCAAAAGCCGCCGAAGCUGACUCUAUGACUGCUGGCAACUUACAUAACCAGUUACCCAUUUGCAUUGGGGCAAGAGUUAUGUUGACUGAGAACGUCUGGACUGAUGUUAGCCUUGUUAAUGGUGCACUGGGGACCAUGUAUGACUUUGCCUAUGAGGAUCACGUACAGGAUCCUCAAGCUCAUCAUCCCUUUGUCAUUAUGGUCCGCUUCGAUCGCUAUACCGGCCCCCCUUAUUUCGACGACCCUGAGCUAGCCAACGUCCAGCCUAUCUUUCGCUCCUGGCGGGACUUCAUCAAGGGUAGUAUGCCCUGCUCUCGCACUCAGUUUCCCUUGACAAUUGCAUAUAGCAUCACUGUGCACAAGGCACAGGGUGCUACGCUUGAAUGGGUUGUUGCCGAUAUAUCCCAUCGCGAUUUCCAGUCUGGCCUCACCUACGUCGCCGUCUCGCGCGCCAAGACGUUGAAUGGCAUCAUGUUUGAUGCGUCCUUUGAUCUCAAUGAUAUCCGGCGUCGCACGGAUGGCUCUAUGGCUGCUCGGGCUGCUGACGCUGCCCGGCGUGCUGGCCAGGUUGUGACUGCCCAGGAAGCAUUGAAUUGA